AUGACCCCGACUCGGAACAUCGUUAUCUUUGGAGAAGUGGGAGCAGGAAAAAGCGCCGUCAUCAACCUGAUGGCCGGCCAACAGAUUACCCACAUAUCGCCUGACUCUCACCGCUGUACUCUGCAUUGGAUGGAGUACCUAAUAACCUUUGAAAAUGGGACUCGAUACAAGGUGUUUGAUACGGUCGGCCUCGAGGAGCCCCAUAUAGAAAACAAAGACUACCUCACUGCGAUUUCAAACGCAUUUGGCCUCAUCAACACUUUGAAAGAACGUGGAGGUAUCGACCUCUUACUCUUCUGUAUACGCGGAGGUAGAGUCACGACAACCAUGCAGAGCAAUUAUGUGUUGUUCUUCGAAUUUCUCUUCGAGGCAAAAGUCCCACUCGUGCUAGUCGUCACAAACCUCGAAAGAGAGGCAAAUAUGGAAGACUGGUACAUGCGGAAUGUGGGUCACUUGGAGAGGCACAACAUUAGGUCCGCAGGACACGCAUGCAUAACUGCGGCGAAUCUUCUCGACGGGAGACAUAGAGAUAAGUAUGAAGAGUCGCGCGGCAUACUCCGUAGAGCGGUUGAGGUUCAUUGCAACAUUCAUAUGGAAGGGUGGACCAUCGGGCAAGGAUCGCUUGUUUCCAAGUCGUUCAUCAACAAAUAUGUGGAAGAUGUUAUUCCACGUCCCAAGAAGACAGAUAUCAUUGGAGAUCCCAUGAAACGAUGCAGGAUGACCGCUCAGCAGGUGGCUCAGCGGGUGGCUGAGCAGCGGGCGGCUGAGCGGGCGGCUCAGGAGCGGGCGGCUAAGCGGGCGGCUCGGGAGGCGGCGCGGAUCAGGCUAUGGCAAAUGAUUAAGAAUUACGGUAACCCGUCAGUCUCUUCAGAUGUAAGGAAUACAGGUCCACAGCAGGGAUAUGAAAGUCGACCACGUAACGUAGUGCUCUUGGGGGAGAGUGGAGUGGGUAAAACCUCACUCAUAAACCUCAUUAUGGGCCGCAAUGUAGCGGAAAUAUCUCCUGACGCUCGUACAAUCACACAUGCUGCAUAUGAUUUGACGAUCAGCGGGCAAUACUUCAGGCUGUGGGAUCCGGCAGGGUUAAACAAGGGCUCCGAGGGCGGAGCCCCUGCGGCCACGGCUGCAAAGGAGUUGGCUCUACUCCUCCGUAGCCUGAACAGGGGAGACGGUGUCCAUCUCAUUAUGUAUUGCGUGAGCGGAACGCGAGCUACAAAGGCUCUGCGAACGAAUUACCAAACCUUCUUAUCAGCCAUCGGUGACAGAAAAGUGCCCAUUGUUAUCGUGGCGACACACCUGGAAAACUGGCGUCCAGUGAUGACAGAGUGGUGGAAUCGAUACAAGGACGAGCUUGCGAAAUAUGGGAUGCAUUUCCCUGGAUAUGCUUGUGUCACAACUCUGCCGGAUGGACGCUCGGAAUCCCAGGAUCUACAUCAACGUCGUGCACAGUCCUACGAAGACGUUUGCAAACUUAUCCUGGACCAUUGUUCACCGCCGCAGGCCCCUCGCAACACACUCGCGAUUUUAUUCAGAUGA